AUGAAACCGCACUGCAGAAGUCUUGGAAAGACUUCGGCAAGUAAAGACUGUCUGACAGACAUGGAACUUUUUAAUUUGGAAAGAGCUCAACAGACUGCAGAAAUGUGGGAGUGGAUCAUGAUUAUCGGCGUUUUUAUCGGCUUUUUGAUUGUCGGUAUUUUCUGCGGCCACUGUAUGAGAGGUUCUCAAAGUCCAGAAACAACUGAUCAGCCGACAGAUUCUAGUCAAAUCAACAGGGGAUCGAAUCUUGCAAGAAAUCAAGUCAGAUAG